UAGGAUCAAUUAAACUGGGGAAAUGGACAAUACAUUUAUUCUAUUCACCUUAAUUGACUAUUACUAAUAGAUAUGGCAACUGAGACCUUCAUAUUUAAUCAAUACGUUUCAUCAAAUACCUAUCUGUAUUGUGUGCUGUGGACCACCUUCUCACACACACAAGACACCAGAUAGCCAAUGGAAGGCCUCCUUGCACGAGCCAACCGACUCCCUGGCAACGUGUCCCGCGCGCUCAUUGGUAGAAGGUUGGAGAAUUCAACUUUGGGACGAUUCACACGAGCCAUUCGCGUGCAGCUUCCUCUAUAAAUAUGACCGUAGGUGAAAGUGACAGUGUUGACUUGUUAUCAACACCGUACUGGUAGGUCGUUAACUGCAGGAUGUAGCCUCAGCAAUAGCUACGUUGUAAUAAACACCUGCAACGAACAGCGUUGGUCAGAAAAAAAGUACAUGACCGGUGUUUGAAUAUUUCUCAAUAGGCUGGACUUUAUUAAACAAUUGUGGGACAAAUGAUUUGCUGAAGUUGACUGUACGAUUGUGGGAUAUUAAAAAUUGAAGAUGCCGGCUGAAAUUUUGGAGAAAACUUCCCCAUCUUCUGUUGCAGCCACCCUGUCGAGCGUAAAUGGAAAUCCGGAUAAACCAAGGACUGCCUCGGGGGACAGAAAGUCUUCUAAACCAAUUAUGGAGAAGAGAAGACGCGCGCGAAUCAACGAAAGCCUUGGACAGCUCAAGACCCUCAUACUGGACGCUCUAAAGAAAGAUAACUCCAGGCAUUCGAAGCUGGAGAAGGCGGACAUCCUUGAGAUGACUGUGAAGCACCUAAGGAAUAUGCAGCGUCUUCAAAUGACUGGUGCUAUAAGCACGGAUUCAUCAGUCCUUGGCAAGUACAGAGCGGGAUUCAGCGAGUGCAUGAGUGAAGUCACCCGUUUUCUGUCCACACGUGAAGGGAUGAACAUGGAGGUCAUGUCCCAACUUCUCAGCCACUUAGCCGGUUGUGUGUCACAGAUCAACACCGUAAACUACUCAACUCAUCGCCAGAGCCUCACCUACCCUGCGCAUCCAACGCUUGGCCAAGCCAUUGUGCAAAUCCCAAGUGCGUCGCCUCAGUUGAAUGUAAUCAUGCCUUGCAAAAGUGGCUCGCCAAUCAACUUCACGUCCGAAGUGGCUAAAUUCUACAGCGGACUUCAGAUUGUUUCAGCGACAGAUGGACAAUUCGCCUUUCUGAUUCCAAGCGCGGCCCUUGCGCAAAUGAGCGUGCCAAACGCCCUACAUGGCAAUCCAACAGUUGCGGUGGCGGUGUCACCUGUUGCACCUCCCAUCACUGCAGACUCCGUGUGGAGACCAUGGUAGGGUCAUUAGACUGAAGGACUUUUAUGCACCAUAACACAUUUUUCUGAUAUAUGAGUAUUUGUAUAUUUUUGUAUAGGCUGUUCAAAGCAAUAGUCAAGAGUGAUGCUUACUCACAUGUUGUUGUUCUUUGAUGGAGAAUACACUUUUCCAUGAGAUAUAUUUUCAGUGAUGUCAUGAUCAUGUUUUAUUCAAAUUAUUAUUCAAAUGCCCUCAAAUGCCUUCCUUCAGGAAAUCAAUAAAUUCUUCAAAUGAAAUUGCAAUGUUUAA